AGAGGGGAGUGUUCCUGGGGUGGGGUUUUACCAGACCAGUAUAUUAAAACUGAGAAGGAAGCAAGCACACUCACAUUUUCCUUGAUUGUCUGUUGUGUGUUUGAAUGAUCUCAACCCUGGAACAGGAACCCACGUCUCCAACUGGAACUUCAAAUAAAAAGCCCAUAAAGAGUCCUAGGUGCCAGCAAAAUCCUCAAAAAUGCCGGUGCAGGAAAGUGGAAAUUCUCAAGGGAUAGUAGCUGGUGUGUUUCUUGAGCACUCCAAUGAAACCAUCACAAUAUACCAAGCCUACAAGAAGCGCUUGCUGAAUCAAGGAACAUGUUUGGCCCUGUUGGAAGCUCAGGGUGCGACCGGAGGAAUCAUCGAUCCCAUCAAAAACAGAAAGUUAUCUGUCAACGAAGCAGUCAAGGAAGAGAUUGUGGGACGUGAAAUGAAAGAGAAGCUUCAAUUUGCAGAGAAGGCCAUCGAGGGCUAUGCAGAUCCUUACACCAACCAACCAAUCUCACUCUUCCAGGCCAUGCAGAAGGAGGUGAUCCCAAAAGAUUAUGCCAUUAGAUUAUUAGAAGCACAGAUCUCUGCCAAAGGUAUCUAUGAUCCUGUAGAAAAGUGCUACUUAACAGAAGAGCAAGCCUACGAGAGAGGUCACUACGACAAAGAACUGUUUAAAGACCAAAAGGAUGCUCUAAAAGUUUUUUAUGACCCAAACUCAAAGGAAAACAUCACUUAUUCAUUACUGAUAAAGAAAUGCACUGUAGCCCCAGAAACAGGCUUAAUGCUGUUUCCAAUCUAUAUAACAUUCAAAGGCCUUCGCAGAGGUGUAACCUCCAAAGAGCUCCUGUCAUCAAAAGUAAUUGACCAACAGACAUAUGACAAUCUGGAAAAUGGCAAAACGACGGCCCAAGAUGUGAUGUUAAUGGAGACAGUGAAGGAAUAUCUGGAAGGUAAAGAGAGCAUUGGGGGAGUAGCUGUGCUCUCCUCUAAUAAGAAAAUGAGCAUCUAUCAGGCAAUGCGACAAGGAAUAAUCAUGCCUGGUUCUGCACUGAUUCUGCUAGAAGCACAAGCUGCAACCGGAUACAUGAUCGAUCCUGUAGAAAACAAGAGGUUAAAUGUAGAUGAUGCUAUUAAACAAAAACUUGUGGGACCAGAGUACCAUGCAAAAUUGCUUGCAGCAGAACGUGCAGUCACAGGUUACAAAGAUCCAUACACUGGUGAAACCAUUUCCCUUUUCCAAGCUCUAAAAAAGGACCUGAUCGUGAAAGAACAUGGAAUUCGUUUGCUUGAGGCACAAAUUGCAACUGGAGGAAUUAUUGAUCCUAUACAUAGUCACAGGGUUCCCGUGGAUGUCGCAUACAACCGUGGCUUCUUUGAUGAGGAAAUGAACACCAUCCUUGAGGACUCUGGAGAUGACACUAAAGGAUUCUUUGAUCCGAACACAAAGGAAAACCUUACGUAUCUGCAACUGAUGGAUCGUUGUGUCGUUGACCCCUCUACAGGGCUUACAUUGCUGCCCAUUGAGGAUAAGUCAGGAAGUCUGAAUCACACAUUCAUUGGCUACGACAUCAAAAAAGUCUUUAAGGGUGUCAUGGUAAAAGUAACAUGCGGCAAGUACAUGGGGAUGACUGUUUCGCUCUGGGAAUUACUUAUGUCUGAAUAUUUUACUGAAGAGCAAAGGCAAGAUAUCAUCCAGGGAUACAAAAACAAAACACUCACAAUUGAAGAUAUAAUCACCAGAGUCCUCGAAAUAACUGAAGAGUCAGUGAAAAUGACCAGUGUAGUUUUUGAAGGUAUAAGGGAAAAUGUAAGCGCAGACCAGCUUUUCGAGGCAGACAUCCUUACUACAAAUGAUCUUGAAAACCUAAAAACAGGAAAAACAACUGUAAAAGAUGUUAUAGAGAAUGAAACUGUGCAAAUGUACCUACAAGGUAAACAAAGCAUUGCUGGUGUCCUGCUUCCUGACUCCCAAAUAAUGUCAAUCUAUCAAGCCAAACAAAAAGGAAUUCUGAGGCCAGGAACAUCACUUAUUCUUCUGGAAGCCCAAGCAGCAACAGGAUUCAUCAUUGAUCCAAUUGCUAAUCGAAAGUUCUCCGUGGAUGAAGCUGUAAAGGCACGAGUAGUUGGGGCAGAUUUUCAUGCCAAACUAUGCUCAGCAGAAAAGGCAGUUACCGGUUACAAUGAUCCUUACACUGGCAAAAAAAUCUCUUUGUUCCAGGCACUGCAGAAAGAUUUAAUUGUGAAAGACCAUGGCAUACGUCUGCUAGAGGCCCAGAUUGCCACAGGAGGCAUCAUUGAUCCUGUAAAUAGCCAUCGCAUUCCAGUUCAUAUUGCUUACAAACGUGGAUACUUUGAUACAGAAAUGAAUCAGGUUCUCAAUGAUCCAACUGAUGACACAAAAGGAUUCUUUGACCCAAACACUCAUGAAAAUCUUACUUAUAUGCAGUUAAUGUCCAGAUGCAUCACUGACCCAAGCACAGGCCUUUGCCUUUUGCCAAUCAAAAAGAAAGACACAAGAAUCAAGAUGGAGGACAGCACCAAAGAGGCAUUCCAAACCACGUCUGUCAGUGUGAGAUAUGGCAGAUUCAGCAACAAAAGAGUGACACUUUGGGAUCUGAUCAACUCUGAAUAUUUAAUUGAGGAGAAAAGACAGGAGCUGAUCAAACGAUACAAAUCAAAAACAAUCACAAUUGAAGAACUCCUUAACAUAACCACAGAAAUCAUUGAGAGCAAGGAAGUACAAAGAAAUGUUGAUCUCCAAGUAGAUGGUCUUAGAGAAAAAGUCUCCAUUGUUGAGCUGCUGAAUUUGGGAAUAAUAGAUGAACAAACAUACAAAGAUUUAAUUGAUGGAAAGCUAACAAUCGAAGAUCUUCUUGAGAGAGCCACUGUGAAGAAUUUCCUCAGAGGAACAAGCAGUGUAGCAGGUGUAAUAGUCCAAAAGUCUAAUCAGAAAAUGAGCAUCUAUCAAGCUCAAAAAGAAGGACUUCUUACCCGUGGAACUGCCUUGUGUCUUCUUGAAGCACAAGCAGCCACUGGGUUUAUUAUUGAUCCAGUACAGAACAAAAAACUUUCUACCGAGGAGGCCUUGAAACAGAAAGUCAUUCCUCCAGAGUUUUAUGAAAAACUUCUGGCUGCUGAGAGAGCGGUGACUGGGUACCAAGACCCAUACACUGGCAAGAAAAUAUCACUUUUUGAAGCCAUUAAAAAAGAUUUAAUUGUUAAACAGCAUGGGAUACGUCUGCUGGAAGCCCAAAUUGCUACAGGUGGUAUCAUAGAUCCCAUAACAUGUUUACAUUUGCCACUUGAAGUUGCUUUUAGCAAGGGUUAUUUUGAUGCUGAACUAAACCAGAUUCUUGCCGAUGCAAGUGAUGACACCAAAGGAUUUUUUGAUCCUAACACAAAAGAAAACCUUACCUACAUGGAAAUGAUGACACGAUGCAUCAAGGAUCCUGAUACCGGCCUUUACCUCCUUCCACUCACUGAAAAAGGAAAAACACAAGAAAAAACACAAGGUAUUCUUUCAGAUGCUGAGAUUAAGGAACACUUUGUGAAAAAUAAAGUUGAUAUUACCGUUGGGCGUUUCUCUGGAAAAUCACCAUCUCUUUGGGAGGUAAUUCACUCUGCAUACUUUACUGAUGAACAGAGGCAACAGUGCUUUGAACAAUAUCGUUUGGGCAAGACAAGUAUCACGGAUGUUGUCACAAUGGUCACCACGACUGUCCAAAAACUGGAACAGAAAGAAGCAACUCAAACAAUAAUGGGCAUAAGAAAACCUGUUUCGGUGCAACAACUACAUGAUGCUGGAAUCAUUGAAACCAAAACUCUUAAGGAUCUGCAAGAUGAAAAGGCAACACUAGAAAGUGUGGUUAAUCUUGAAUCUGUACAAAGGUGUUUGAAAGGCACUGGAAGUAUUGCAGGAGUAAAGCUUCAUCCAUCAGGAAAAGUAUUAAGUUUAUACACGGCAAAAACUGAAGGAUUACUCAGUUCUGAUGCAGCCCUUAUGUUGCUCGAGGCUCAGGCAGCAACUGGAUAUGUUAUUGAUCCAAUUAGAAAUGAAUAUCACUCAGUUGUGGAGGCUGCUAAAGUUCAGCUUAUUGGGCCAGAGCUAUUAGAGCACUUACUUCUGGCUGAAUGUGCGGUCACUGGAUUCACAGACCCAUUCACAAAUGAGCAGAUAUCCUUAUAUCAAGCAAUGAAAAAAGGUCUCAUGCCGCAAAACCAUGGACUGAAUCUUUUGGAUGCACAGCUUGCCACGGGUGGAAUAAUUAAUCCAAUUGAAAGCUACCGAAUGCCAAUUCAGUGGGCAAUAGUCCAGGGAUUCUUGGAUAACAAAACCAAAGAGCUUCUGGAGAAUCCAAGUGGUUAUGAAAAAGAGUUUUCAGACCCCAACACAAAAGAACAUCUUACUUAUACUGAUCUCAUGAAGAAAUGUGUAAGGGAUUCGACCAAAGGUCUGUUACUGCUGUCCAUACCUGAAAAAAGAGUUGAAAGCUCAACCUACAAUGAUGAACAUGUAGUUAAUGUCUUUAAACAGAAAUCAGUGAUCAUUAAUGCUGGGAAGUUUGAAGGCAGACGGGUUUUGCUCUGGGAUUUGCUACAGUCAGAGUACAUUACUGCAGAAAAAAGGAAAGAGUUACUUGACCAAUACAAAAACAAAAUUCUGUCAAUAGAGGAGAUAACAGAAAUGGUGACAGCAUUGAUAAUUGAAACAACUACAAAAAAGCAUUCAUUUAAAGGAUUGAGAAGACAAGUAUCAGCAAGUGAACUGUUUGAAUCAAAAAUCAUCUCAAAAGAAAUAUUUAGCAAGCUUAUAAAUGAUGAAGUAGAUGAUGCAGACAUUGACCAAAUGGAAUCGAUUCAAAAAUACCUUGGGGCAACAAACUGCAUUGCUGGUGUAUUUGUGCAGUCUACCAAACAGACCAUGAGCAUCUGUGAGGCCAAAAAUAGAGGACUUCUGACUCCUGGAACAUCUCUGGUUUUGCUUGAGGCCCAGGCUGCCACUGGCUUCAUGAUUGAUCCAGUAAGAAACAAAAAACUGUCAGUGGAACAGGCAGUAGCUGAAGGGAUUGUUGGGAUGGAAUGGAAAAGCAAACUGCUGUCUGCUGAGCGGGCAGUCACUGGCUACACAGAUCCAUAUGAUGGAAAAACAAUAUCUUUGUUCCAAGCCUUGAAGAAAGAUCUCAUUGUGAAGGACCAUGGCAUUCGUCUUCUAGAAGCUCAGAUCGCUACUGGAGGAAUCAUUGAUCCUGUGCACAGCCAUCGUGUACCUGUGGAAGUAGCAUAUCAAAGAGGAUACUUUGAUGAGGAGAUGAACAGGAUCCUGUCUGAUUCAGAUGAUGACACCAAAGGCUUCUUUGAUCCCAAUACACAGGAAAACCUCACAUACCUGCAGCUUGUGGAGAGGUGUAUUAAAGACCCAAACACUGGUCUGAGCCUCCUCGUCAUUGUAAAAAAGGGCGAGCACUAUUUCUUUAUCGAUGAACAGACAAAAAAUAUCCUCAAGUCUACAACUACAAAUUCAGCAGGAGGCAAAUUCCAAGGGCAGCUGGUGUCUCUUUGGGAUCUGAUCUACUCAAAAUAUAUCUCAGAAGAAAAAAGAAGAGAUCUCAUACAACAGUUCAAAUCUGGCACAAUAUCUAUUGAAAAGUUAAUGGAAAUGAUUCUGACACUGAUAUCACAACAAUCAGAAACUUACAGUACAACCAUUAAAACCACAAUAACCACAACAGCAACAACAACUGAAACAGAUGAAAAUACCAACUUCCAAGGUAUCAGAAAGGAUGUGAGUGCCGAUGAGAUGCUAAAAUCCAAAAUCAUUACUAAGGAAAUAUACGACGAGCUAACCUCUGGUAAAAUAUCUGUUAAUCGUGUGAGUGAAAUGGAGUCUGUCAGAAAAUACCUGCAAGGAACUAAUAGCAUUGCUGGUGUAUUUGUCCAGUCUACCAAACAGACCAUGAGCAUCUUUGAAGCCAAAAAUAGGGGACUUCUGACUCCUGGAACAUCUCUGGUUUUGCUUGAAGCCCAGGCUGCCACUGGCUUCAUGAUUGAUCCAGUAAGAAAUAAAAAACUGUCAGUGGAACAAGCAGUAGCUGAAAAGCUUGUUGGGAUGGAAUUGAAAAGCAAACUGCUGUCUGCCGAGCGGGCAGUCACUGGCUACACAGAUCCAUAUGAUGGAAAAACAAUAUCUUUGUUCCAAGCCUUGAAGAAAGAUCUCAUUGUGAAGGACCAUGGCAUUCGUCUUCUAGAAGCUCAGAUCGCUACUGGAGGAAUCAUUGAUCCUGUGCACAGCCAUCGGGUUCCUGUGGAGGUGGCAUACCAAAGAGGAUACUUUGACGAGGAGAUGAACAGGAUCCUGUCUGAUCCAGAUGAUGACACCAAAGGCUUCUUUGAUCCCAAUACACAGGAAAACCUCACAUACCUGCAGCUUGUAGAGAGGUGUAUUAAAGACCCAAACACUGGUCUGAGCCUCCUCGUAAUUGUAAAAAAGGGCGAGUACUAUUUCUUUAUCGAUGAACAGACAAAAAAUAUCCUCAAGUCUACAACUACAAAUAAAGCAGGAGGCAAAUUCCAAGGGCAGCUGGUGUCUCUUUGGGAUCUGAUCUACUCAGAAUAUAUCUCUGAAGAAAAAAGAAGAGAUCUCAUACAACAGUUCAAAUCUGGCACAAUAUCUAUUGAAAAGUUAAUGGAAAUUAUUCUGACACUGAUAUCACAACAAUCAGAAACUUACAGUACAACCAUUAAAACCACAAUAACCACAACAGCAACAACAACUGAAACAGAUGAAAAUACCAACUUCCAAGGUAUCAGAAAGGGCGUGAGUGCCGAUGAGAUGCUAAAAUCCAAAAUCAUUACUAAGGAAAUAUACGACGAGCUAACCUCUGGUAAAAUAUCUGUUAAUCGUGUGAGUGAAAUGGAGUCUGUCAGAAAAUACCUGCAAGGAACCAAUAGCAUUGCUGGUGUAUUUGUCCAGUCUACCAAACAGACCAUGAGCAUCUUUGAAGCCAAAAACAGGGGACUUCUGACUCCUGGAACAUCUCUGGUUUUACUUGAAGCCCAGGCUGCCACUGGCUUCAUGAUUGAUCCAGUAAGAAAUAAAAAACUGUCAGUGGAACAGGCAGUAGCUGAAAAGCUUGUUGGGAUGGAAUUGAAAAGCAAACUGCUGUCUGCCGAGCGGGCAGUCACUGGCUACACAGAUCCAUAUGAUGGAAAAACAAUAUCUUUGUUCCAAGCCUUGAAGAAAGAUCUCAUUGUGAAGGACCAUGGCAUUCGUCUUCUAGAAGCUCAGAUCGCUACUGGAGGAAUCAUUGAUCCUGUGCACAGCCAUCGGGUUCCUGUGGAGGUGGCAUACCAAAGAGGAUACUUUGAUGAGGAGAUGAACAGGAUCCUGUCUGAUCCAGAUGAUGACACCAAAGGCUUCUUUGAUCCCAAUACACAGGAAAACCUCACAUACCUGCAGCUUGUGGAGAGGUGUAUUAAAGACCCAAACACUGGUCUGAGCCUCCUCGUAAUUGUAAAAAAGGGCGAGUACUAUUUCUUUAUCGAUGAACAGACAAAAAAUAUCCUCAAGUCUACAACUACAAAUAAAGCAGGAGGCAAAUUCCAAGGGCAGCUGGUGUCUCUUUGGGAUCUGAUCUACUCAGAAUAUAUCUCAGAAGAAAAAAGAAGAGAUCUGAUACAACAGUUCAAAUCUGGCACAAUAUCUAUUGAAAAGUUAAUGGAAAUUGUUCUGACACUGAUAUCACAACAAUCAGAAACUUACAGUACAAACAUUAAAACCACAAUAACCACAACAGCAACAACAACUGAAACAGAUGAAAAUACCAACUUCCAAGGUAUCAGAAAGGGCGUGAGUGCUGAUGAGAUGCUAAAAUCCAAAAUCAUUACUAAGGAAAUAUACGACGAGCUAACCUCUGGUAAAAUAUCUGUUAAUCGUGUGAGUGAAAUGGAGUCUGUCAGAAAAUACCUGCAAGGAACCAAUAGCAUUGCUGGUGUAUUUGUCCAGUCUACCAAACAGACCAUGAGCAUCUUUGAAGCCAAAAACAGGGGACUUCUGACUCCUGGAACAUCUCUGGUUUUGCUUGAAGCCCAGGCUGCCACUGGCUUCAUGAUUGAUCCAGUAAGAAACAAAAAAUUGUCAGUAGAACAAGCAGUAGCUGAAAAGCUUGUUGGGAUGGAAUUGAAAAACAAACUGCUGUCUGCCGAGCGGGCAGUCACUGGCUACACAGAUCCCCAUGAUGGAAAAACAAUAUCUUUGUUCCAAGCCUUGAAGAAAGAUCUCAUUGUGAAGGACCAUGGCAUUCGUCUUCUAGAAGCUCAGAUCGCUACUGGAGGAAUCAUUGAUCCUGUGCACAGCCAUCGUGUACCUGUGGAAGUAGCGUAUCAAAGAGGAUACUUUGAUGAGGAGAUGAACAGGAUCCUGUCUGAUCCAGAUGAUGACACCAAAGGCUUCUUUGAUCCCAAUACACAGGAAAACCUCACAUACCUGCAGCUUGUGGAGAGGUGUAUUAAAGACCCAAACACUGGUCUGAGCCUCCUCGUCAUUGUAAAAAAGGGAGAGUACUAUUUCUUUAUCGAUGAACAGACAAAAAAUAUCCUCAAGUCUACAACUACAAAUAAAGCAGGAGGCAAAUACCAAGGGCAGCUGGUGUCUCUUUGGGAUCUGAUCUACUCAGAAUAUAUCUCUGAAGAAAAAAGAAGAGAUCUCAUACAACAGUUCAAAUCUGGCACAAUAUCUAUUGAAAAGUUAAUGGAAAUUAUUCUGACACUGAUAUCACAACAAUCAGAAACUUACAGUACAACCAUUAAAACCACAAUAACCACAACAGCAACAACAACUGAAACAGAUGAAAAUACCAACUUCCAAGGUAUCAGAAAGGGCGUGAGUGCCGAUGAGAUGCUAAAAUCCAAAAUCAUUACUAAGGAAAUAUACGACGAGCUAACCUCUGGUAAAAUAUCUGUUAAUCGUGUGAGUGAAAUGGAGUCUGUCAGAAAAUACCUGCAAGGAACCAAUAGCAUUGCUGGUGUAUUUGUCCAGUCUACCAAACAGACCAUGAGCAUCUUUGAAGCCAAAAACAGGGGACUUCUGACUCCUGGAACAUCUCUGGUUUUGCUUGAAGCCCAGGCUGCGACUGGUUUCAUGAUUGAUCCAGUAAGAAACAAAAAACUGUCAGUAGAACAAGCAGUAGCUGAAAAACUUGUUGGGAUGGAAUGGAAAAGCAAACUGCUGUCUGCCGAGCGGGCAGUCACUGGCUACACAGAUCCAUAUGAUGGAAAAACAAUAUCUUUGUUCCAAGCCUUGAAGAAAGAUCUCAUUGUGAAGGACCAUGGCAUUCGUCUUCUAGAAGCUCAGAUCGCUACUGGAGGAAUCAUUGAUCCUGUGCACAGCCAUCGGGUUCCUGUGGAGGUGGCGUACCAAAGAGGAUACUUUGAUGAGGAGAUGAACAGGAUCCUGUCUGAUCCAGAUGAUGACACCAAAGGCUUCUUUGAUCCCAAUACACAGGAAAACCUCACAUACCUGCAGCUUGUGGAGAGGUGUAUUAAAGACCCAAACACUGGUCUGAGCCUCCUCGUCAUUGUAAAAAAGGGAGAGUACUAUUUCUUUAUCGAUGAACAGACAAAAAAUAUCCUCAAGUCUACAACUACAAAUAAAGCAGGAGGCAAAUUCCAAGGACAGCUGGUAUCUCUUUGGGAUCUGAUCUACUCAGAAUAUAUCUCAGAAGAAAAAAGAAGAGAUCUCAUACAACAGUUCAAAUCUGGCACAAUAUCUAUUGAAAAGUUAAUGGAAAUUAUUCUGACACUGAUAUCACAACAAUCAGAAACUUACAGUACAACCAUUAAAACCACAAUAACCACAACAGCAACAACAACUGAAACAGAUGAAAAUACCAACUUCCAAGGUAUCAGAAAGCGCGUGAGUGCUGAUGAGAUGCUAAAAUCCAAAAUCAUUACUAAGGAAAUAUACGACGAGCUAACCUCUGGUAAAAUAUCUGUUAAUCGUGUGAGUGAAAUGGAGUCUGUCAGAAAAUACCUGCAAGGAACCAAUAGCAUUGCUGGUGUAUUUGUCCAGUCUACCAAACAGACCAUGAGCAUCUUUGAAGCCAAAAACAGGGGACUUCUGACUCCUGGAACAUCUCUGGUUUUGCUUGAAGCCCAGGCUGCCACUGGCUUCAUGAUUGAUCCAGUAAGAAACAAAAAAUUGUCAGUAGAACAAGCAGUAGCUGAAAAGCUUGUUGGGAUGGAAUUGAAAAACAAACUGCUGUCUGCCGAGCGGGCAGUCACUGGCUACACAGAUCCCCAUGAUGGAAAAACAAUAUCUUUGUUCCAAGCCUUGAAGAAAGAUCUCAUUGUGAAGGACCAUGGCAUUCGUCUUCUAGAAGCUCAGAUCGCUACUGGAGGAAUCAUUGAUCCUGUGCACAGCCAUCGUGUACCUGUGGAAGUAGCGUAUCAAAGAGGAUAUUUUGAUGAGGAGAUGAACAGGAUCCUGUCUGAUCCAGAUGAUGACACCAAAGGCUUCUUUGAUCCCAAUACACAGGAAAACCUCACAUACCUGCAGCUUGUGGAGAGGUGUAUUAAAGACCCAAACACUGGUCUGAGCCUCCUCGUAAUUGUAAAAAAGGGCGAGUACUAUUUCUUUAUCGAUGAACAGACAAAAAAUAUCCUCAAGUCUACAACUACAAAUAAAGCAGGAGGCAAAUACCAAGGGCAGCUGGUGUCUCUUUGGGAUCUGAUCUACUCAGAAUAUAUCUCAGAAGAAAAAAGAAGAGAUCUGAUACAACAGUUCAAAUCUGGCACAAUAUCUAUUGAAAAGUUGAUGGAAAUUGUUCUGACACUGAUAUCACAACAAUCAGAAACUUACAGUACAACCAUUAAAACCACAAGAACCACAACAGCAACAACAACAGAAACAACCGAAAAUACGAACUUCCAAGGUAUCAGAAAGGACGUGAGUGCCGAUGAGAUGCUAAAAUCCAAAAUCAUUACUAAGGAAAUAUACGACGAGCUAACCUCUGGUAAAAUAUCUGUUAAUCGUGUGAGUGAAAUGGAGUCUGUCAGAAAAUACCUGCAAGGAACCAAUAGCAUUGCUGGUGUAUUUGUCCAGUCUACCAAACAGACCAUGAGCAUCUUUGAAGCCAAAAACAGGGGACUUCUGACUCCUGGAACAUCUCUGGUUUUGCUUGAAGCCCAGGCUGCGACUGGUUUCAUGAUUGAUCCAGUAAGAAACAAAAAACUGUCAGUAGAACAAGCAGUAGCUGAAAAACUUGUUGGGAUGGAAUUGAAAAACAAACUGCUGUCUGCCGAGCGGGCAGUCACUGGCUACACAGAUCCAUAUGAUGGAAAAACAAUAUCUUUGUUCCAAGCCUUGAAGAAAGAUCUCAUUGUGAAGGACCAUGGCAUUCGUCUUCUAGAAGCUCAGAUCGCUACUGGAGGAAUCAUUGAUCCUGUGCACAGCCAUCGGGUUCCUGUGGAGGUGGCGUACCAAAGAGGAUACUUUGAUGAGGAGAUGAACAGGAUCCUGUCUGAUCCAGAUGAUGACACCAAAGGCUUCUUUGAUCCCAAUACACAGGAAAACCUCACAUACCUGCAGCUUGUGGAGAGGUGUAUUAAAGACCCAAACACUGGUCUGAGCCUCCUCGUCAUUGUAAAAAAGGGAGAGUACUAUUUCUUUAUCGAUGAACAGACAAAAAAUAUCCUCAAGUCUACAACUACAAAUAAAGCAGGAGGCAAAUUCCAAGGACAGCUGGUAUCUCUUUGGGAUCUGAUCUACUCAGAAUAUAUCUCAGAAGAAAAAAGAAGAGAUCUCAUACAACAGUUCAAAUCUGGCACAAUAUCUAUUGAAAAGUUAAUGGAAAUUAUUCUGACACUGAUAUCACAACAAUCAGAAACUUACAGUACAACCAUUAAAACCACAAGAACCACAACAGCAAUGACAACAGAAACAACCGAAAAUACCAACUUCCAAGGUAUCAGAAAGGAUGUGAGUGCUGAUGAGAUGCUAAAAUCCAAAAUCAUUACUAAGGAAAUAUAUGACGAGCUAACCUCUGGUAAAAUAUCUGUUAAUCGUGUGAGUGAAAUGGAGUCUGUCAGAAAAUACCUGCAAGGAACCAAUAGCAUUGCUGGUGUAUUUGUCCAGUCUACCAAACAGACCAUGAGCAUCUUUGAAGCCAAAAACAGGGGACUUCUGACUCCUGGAACAUCUCUGGUUUUGCUUGAAGCCCAGGCUGCGACUGGCUUCAUGAUUGAUCCAGUAAGAAAUAAAAAACUGUCAGUGGAACAGGCAGUAGCUGAAGGGAUUGUUGGGAUGGAAUGGAAAAGCAAACUGCUGUCUGCCGAGCGGGCAGUCACUGGCUACACAGAUCCAUAUGAUGGAAAAACAAUAUCUUUGUUCCAAGCCUUGAAGAAAGAUCUCAUUGUGAAGGACCAUGGCAUUCGUCUUCUAGAAGCUCAGAUCGCUACUGGAGGAAUCAUUGAUCCUGUGCACAGCCAUCGUGUACCUGUGGAAGUAGCGUAUCAAAGAGGAUAUUUUGAUGAGGAGAUGAACAGGAUCCUGUCUGAUCCAGAUGAUGACACCAAAGGCUUCUUUGAUCCCAAUACACAGGAAAACCUCACAUACCUGCAGCUUGUGGAGAGGUGUAUUAAAGACCCAAACACUGGUCUGAGCCUCCUCGUCAUUGUAAAAAAGGGCGAGUACUAUUUCUUUAUCGAUGAACAGACUAAAAAUAUCCUCAAGUCUACAACUACAAAUAAAGCAGGAGGCAAAUUCCAAGGGCAGCUGGUGUCUCUUUGGGAUCUGAUCUACUCAGAAUAUAUCUCAGAAGAAAAAAGAAGAGAUCUGAUACAACAGUUCAAAUCUGGCACAAUAUCUAUUGAAAAGUUGAUGGAAAUUGUUCUGACACUGAUAUCACAACAAUCAGAAACUUACAGUACAACCAUUAAAACCACAAUAACCACAACAGCAACAACAACAGAAACAACCGAAAAUACGAACUUCCAAGGUAUCAGAAAGGACGUGAGUGCCGAUGAGAUGCUAAAAUCCAAAAUCAUUACUAAGGAAAUAUACGACGAGCUAACCUCUGGUAAAAUAUCUGUUAAUCAUGUGAGUGAAAUGGAGUCUGUCAGAAAAUACCUGCAAGGAACUAAUAGCAUUGCUGGUGUAUUUGUCCAGUCUACCAAACAGACCAUGAGCAUCUUUGAAGCCAAAAACAGGGGACUUCUGACUCCUGGAACAUCUCUGGUUUUACUUGAAGCCCAGGCUGCCACUGGCUUCAUGAUUGAUCCAGUAAGAAAUAAAAAACUGUCAGUGGAACAGGCAGUAGCUGAAAAGCUUGUUGGGAUGGAAUUGAAAAGCAAACUGCUGUCUGCCGAGCGGGCAGUCACUGGCUACACAGAUCCAUAUGAUGGAAAAACAAUAUCUUUGUUCCAAGCCUUGAAGAAAGAUCUCAUUGUGAAGGACCAUGGCAUUCGUCUUCUAGAAGCUCAGAUCGCUACUGGAGGAAUCAUUGAUCCUGUGCACAGCCAUCGUGUACCUGUGGAAGUAGCGUAUCAAAGAGGAUACUUUGAUGAGGAGAUGAACAGGAUCCUUUCUGAUCCAGAUGAUGACACCAAAGGCUUCUUUGAUCCCAAUACACAGGAAAACCUCACAUACCUGCAGCUUGUGGAGAGGUGUAUUAAAGACCCAAACACUGGGCUUUGUCUACUUCCUUUAAAAAAGUAGGUUUAGAAUGUAACAUUCCUUUCAAUGUAAUUCAAGACAUUAGAUUUGAACUUGUUUUAUAAAAUAUUGUACUGUAUAUAUUUGCUUAGUGCUCAAUGUAAAAUCUAUUUUGUGAUAACUAGAAUCACAAAUUGAUUAUUUUUUUACCUAUACAUAUGAAAGAUCUGUAAUUGUACAUCAGCUGAGAUUCAGCACCUGUCUGCACUGCUUACAUUAUAAGUUUAGAGUUUUAUUAUCUUUAGCUUUACUUCAAAGUGUUUUAUUCAACAUUAUU